CGCCAGAGGUUCUGGGUGCACUUCCGGCGACCGAACACCUCUUCCCUUGUUAAUGGCGGGCGGCGGCUGCUGAGUGGGACGCAGACCACCGCUGCCCGCACCGGGAAAGUCUCCCCGCUUCUCCUCCUUGCCGCUCGCCAUCAGUGCUCGUCAUCAUGUCCGUGGUGCCGCCCAAUCGUUCGCAGACCGGCUGGCCCCGGGGCGUCAACCAGUUCGGCAACAAGUACAUCCAGCAGACCAAGCCCCUCACCUUGGAGCGCACAAUCAACCUGUACCCUCUUACCAAUUACACUUUUGGUACAAAAGAGCCCCUCUACGAGAAGGAUAGCUCUGUUGCAGCCAGAUUUCAACGCAUGAGGGAGGAAUUUGAUAAAAUUGGAAUGAGGAGGACUGUAGAAGGGGUUCUGAUUGUACAUGAGCACCGGCUACCCCAUGUGCUACUGCUACAGCUGGGAACAACUUUCUUCAAACUACCUGGUGGUGAACUUAACCCAGGAGAAGAUGAAGUUGAAGGACUAAAACGCUUAAUGACAGAGAUACUAGGCCGCCAGGACGGAGUCCUGCAGGACUGGGUCAUCGACGACUGCAUCGGGAACUGGUGGAGACCGAACUUCGAGCCGCCUCAGUAUCCAUAUAUUCCUGCACAUAUUACAAAACCGAAGGAACAUAAGAAGCUGUUUUUGGUUCAACUUCAAGAAAAAGCCUUGUUUGCUGUCCCUAAAAAUUACAAGCUGGUAGCCGCACCGUUGUUUGAAUUGUAUGACAACGCGCCAGGAUACGGACCCAUCAUUUCUAGUCUCCCUCAACUUUUGAGCAGGUUCAACUUUAUAUACAACUGAAUGCCUGCACAGGGGAGAAGUAAAGAAGCCGUCUCUGUGAGCACAGCUCUGCCCAGUACAGAAUACACAUAGUAGAAAAUUGUUGUGUUUUUUUUUAUCUCUUUCCCAGACCCUCAAUUGCCUCCUCCUCUCUAUUGUUUGAAGAGUAAAGUUGACCUGAAGAACUAGAUAGUAGUGUAGACACAUGUGGUAAUGUUUAACUCACUUUUGUUUCUACUCAUACAUUUUUGUACAUUAAAGAAAGUGGACUUCUUUCCAUUUGUUUUUUUUUUUUAAUUUCACAUUCAACUUGAACAGUUCUUAUACAUGAGGAUCAUUUUUUCCUCGCCCCCAGGCUGGUGCAGGUUCAGGGACAAGGGCCGGGUUGGGUCGGCCGAGUUUAUGGGACAUCGGCUCUGAUGCCACUCCGGGGGCACACUCCCAGGCCGCGUCAGAGACCUCUGUGAUGAAGAUUUUCUGUUACUUUUGGGAACUAGAUUAACCUGAAUGAGUCCCAGGUGUAGCUCCCGUACCACACUCUGCGCUCUGAUGAGUUGUGUUUGGAAGAACUCCCAGGAGGCUCCUGCCUGGUACAUUCUGUGCUGGUUCGGUCGGACCUUACUUUACAAGCAGUAGACCUCACCACGUGGGAAACCAUUAAGGUGGACUAGGUCUGGCAAAGUCAUGGGGAAUGGUAUAUACAGAGACAGAUCUGUAGUUCAUUUCAGGGUUUUCUUCAUAUAAUGAGGGUGUUAAUUGUGCUCUUCUGAAUUCUGGUUCUUGGUGUUCCGAGGGCCAUGGUAAGACGGCAACCUGUGAAGAAAGUUUCUAAAAGUGGGUCAGUUAGGUUUUGAACUCUCGGAUUACAAAGUUAGUUAUUUCAAUGAAUUUGAAGUUAUAUUCAUAAAGAUGAAAAACUGAAUUUAGCAAGUGAUACAAAACCUUUUCAAAAAUACGUGGGAAUAAUCUGAAAUCUAAGGAAAGGAUACAAGAUAGGUUGUUGUGAGCCUAAGAGGAAAAAAACCCCCCACAUUUUAAAAACUUUUAAAAAUAUUGCUAAAUUAGUAUCAGAUUUAAAGGACUAAAAAAACGUAUCUGAGGGCAAAGGAGUGUGCUGGCUGUGCCACUGCCUAGCAGUCGAAACGCACUGUGUGCGCCUUGCUACAGGCUUGGUGGCGGCAGGUCUACUGCGAAGGAGAUCUUGCAAGACACAGCUACUUGAAGAAGAUAGAUUGGUACAUAGUUAAGUUUUUAAUAGAAAUGGACUUGAUUAGUUCUCACAACUUUAUGGUACUGAUCACAGGGCUAUUCCCCUGAGCGUCGGGUGAUGUGAAAGGUGUAUCAUGAGUUUUUUCCCUGUUUAGACCUGAGAAAGUCAGACCGAGAAUGCCUGCGAAGAUUCAUGCAUGAACAAGUUCGCUAGUUGAGGUCCUGUCAGACUCACAUCGUUGCGUGUCAGGUCGUGACUGACUGGGCUCCUGUUCAGAUAGCAGGUACACGCUGCACUGCAGGACCAAAAAUGACUAGCGUUUUCUUUGAAAGAGCCACCAGUUCUGUGGAUAGUUCUCCUUUAAGGGCUCAGUCCUGUCCUUUGGUUUACAUUAGCGUAUUACUAAUUUAUUACGAUUUUAUUGGUUGGCUCACUGAUUAGCGAGUCAUCGCCGGGGAAGGAGAUAGCUUGGUCCAGUCCACCUUCCAUGAUUGUUUCUGGAAUCCAAGUGAAAAGCUACCGUGACCAUAUUUCAGACCCGAGAAGCUCUUGCCAUUUG